UCUCCUCCACCAAUGCCUCCCCAUUCUCAAUCCCUUCUCUCCUCCUCCUCCUCCUCCUCCUCCUCUUCUCUCUCUCUCCGCUACAUUAUCCUUGAGACGAGGAGCCAUUGUUGAGAGAGAGAGAGAGAGAGAGAGAGAGAGAGAGGAAGAGCAAUGGGGAUGGGGAGGGAAGGGGAGGAGAGGGAGGAAGGGGUAAUGGCGACGGACUUUUUCUGGUCAUACACGGACGAGCCCCACGCCUCGCGAAGGCGACAGAUCCUUUCCCAAUACCCCCAAAUCAAGGAGCUCUUCGGCCCCGAUCCAUUGGCGUUUCUCAAGAUAAGCGCGGUUGUAUUUGUUCAGCUAUGGACUGCGACCUACCUCCACAAUUCGAGCUGGCUGAAGAUAUUGACAGUCGCAUACUUCUUCGGCUCCUUCCUAAACCACAACCUCUUCCUAGCCAUCCACGAGCUCAGCCACAACCUCGCCUUCUCGACCCCCUGCUACAAUCGCUGGCUCGGCAUCUUCGCCAACCUCCCCAUCGGCGUCCCCAUGUCUGUAACAUUCCAAAAAUACCACUUGGAACACCACCGCUUUCAAGGCGUCGACGGGAUCGACAUGGACAUUCCGAGUUCUGCCGAAGCCCGUGUAGUCACCAACGCCAUUGCAAAAUCCGUUUGGGUCGUAUUCCAGCUCUUCUUUUACGCUCUCCGGCCCCUCUUCCUCAAGCCUAAACCCCCUGGCUUGUGGGAAUUCACCAAUUUGGCAAUCCAGCUCACCCUCGAUGCCUCUUUGGUCUACUUCUGGGGUUGGAAAUCUUUCGCUUAUCUAAUACUCGCGACGUUCGUCGGUGGCGGUAUGCACCCGAUGGCGGGUCACUUUAUCUCCGAGCACUAUGUGUUUAAUCCGGAUCAGGAGACGUAUUCGUACUACGGGCCGUUGAAUCUGAUGACGUGGAGCGUGGGGUACCAUAACGAGCACCACGAUUUCCCUAGAAUACCGGGGAGCAGGCUUUACAAGGUCAAGGAGAUUGCGCCCGAGUACUACGAGAACUUGAAUGCCUACAGGUCUUGGAGCCAGGUGAUUUUCAUGUACGUAAUGGAUCGGACGGUGGGGCCAUUUAGCCGGAUGAAGAGGAAGUCGUCGAAAGAUACCGGAGUUAGCAAGAAAGACGAGUAGGGGAUCGCCGAGUUGCUGCUCCUUUCGAUCUUCUUCGAUUUGUUAUUUGUUUUAUUUUUUCGGCGUGUGGUGACCAAACAUUUGUUCUGGGACCAUAUGAUUUAACCUGUUGCAGUUUUGUUUAGCGAAGCUAAUUGAGACUUGAUGGAAAACCUCUUCUUUUGUUCAUUCUCUUUUCAUUUCAUGUAGUUGUAUUAAAUUCUUAGCUUUUCUCCAGGAGAAAAGCUAUUGUUAACGAUUUACAUUUUAAAUUUUCA